AAACAAAAAUGCACAAUUUUACUACUGAGGAAUUAAGCUGUUAAUUUUGCCGCCAGAUCUUCACUCAUUUCUAGGGUUUUUUUUUCUUCAUUGAAAAUCUGAUAAAGAAUUUCCGAUCUCAGAUGCACGGCCCAAGCCGCCUAGGCUCCGGAAGCAACCGUUCGGUUUCUCCGUCGCCGCCUUCUUCGCCGCGCUUCCGCCACGGGCGUUACAAGAGCUUCAGUGGAGGUGGCGGGAAGCAGCGGGCGGCCAAUAGGAUGGUGUUCGUGUUGAUAUCGACUGUGUUUCGGAGGAAAGGAGUGCUAUUGUUUGCGCCGUUAUUGUAUAUAGCGGGAAUGUUGUUGUACAUGGGAUUGUUAGGCUUUGAUGUAUUGAGUUUGAAGAAUGCGGUUGUUGUUGUUCACAGGCGUUCGCCACCUGGCUCGGUUUACCGCAGCCCUCAGGUUUUUCAGAAGCUUUGGCUGUAUAUGGAGGCUGAGAGCAAUGCCAGUCAAAAUGCGUUGAUGACAGCAUGGGAUCUGAAAAUGCAGCAAGGUUGGAAGCCGUGUAUCAACUCCAUUAUUUCUAAAACAGGUUUUUCAGAAUUACCAAAAUCUAACGGUUUCCUUAUAAUUGAAGCGAAUGGUGGCUUGAAUCAACAACGCUUAUCUAUAUGUGAUGCAGUGGCAGUAGCGUGGCUACUAAAUGCAACCCUUGUCAUUCCAAUCUUUCAUUUAAACAGUGUUUGGCGAGAUUCCAGCAAGUUUGGAGAUAUAUUUGAUGAAGAAUACUUUAUACAUGCACUUGGAAAUCAUGUGAAUGUGGUUAGGGAACUCCCUGAUGAUGUACUUCAGAGGUUUGACAAUAAUAUUAGCAACAUUGUUAAUUUGAGAGUAAAAGGUUGGUCAAGCGCAGCCCAUUAUCUCCAAAAGGUUCUUCCAAAACUAGAGGCAAUGGGGGCUGUUCGCAUUGCACCCUUUUCUAACAGGUUGGCAUAUUCUGUUCCGUCUAAUGUACAAGGGAUUAGGUGCUUAUCCAAUUUUCAAGCACUGAGGUUUGCAGAACCUAUAAGGACACUGGCUGAUAAAAUGGUUGAGAGGAUGGUCAAUAAUAGCUCCCAUACUGGAGGAAAAUAUGUUUCAGUGCAUCUUCGGUUUGAAACGGACAUGGUUGCAUUUUCCUGCUGUGAAUAUGAUGGUGGGGAAGAAGAGAAACAUGAAAUGUAUAUUGCUAGAGAAAGAAGUUGGAGAGGAAAAUUUAGGCGAAGGGGCAGAGUUAUAAGGCCAGGUGCUAAUCGUAUGGAUGGAAAAUGCCCUUUAACCCCUCUGGAGGUGGGACUGAUGCUUAGAGGCAUGGGUUUCGAUAACAAUACAUCAGUAUUUGUCGCAGCAGGAAAUAUUUACAAAGCUGAUAAAUACAUGGCUCCUCUUAAACAAAUGUUUCCUCUUCUAGAAACGAAGGAUACACUAGCUACUUCAGAAGAACUUGCUCCAUUCAAGGGCCACUCAUCUAGGUUGGCAGCACUUGACUACACCGUUUGCCUUCACAGCGAAGUAUUUGUCACGACACAAGGUGGAAAUUUUCCCCACUUCUUAAUGGGUCAUCGCCGCUAUUUAUUUGGAGGACAUGCAAAAACAAUUAAGCCCGACAAAAGGAAAUUAGCACUGCUAUUUGAUAGUCCUCGUAUCAGGUGGGAAACCUUCAAACGACAGAUGAAAGAUAUGCUUCGGCAUAGUGAUGUGAAGGGAAGGGAAUUGAAGAAACCCAGCGCUGCAGUUUACACAUUUCCCAUGCCAGAUUGCAUGUGUAAGCAAACAGUGGCAGCAAAUGCAAGCAGAUGGAGUUUUGAGUAAGGUCUUCAACCUGUAACUCUAUGGUGUAUCAUGCAAUCGAAUUGUAGAGUUCAAUUCUUUAGUUCUGGUUAGAUUAUAGUUGCUUUCAGGUUUUUAUUCUUUUAAGAUUGAGUUGUUCAUAGUAAUUAAUUUAGCACGCUGUAAACUUUUUUGUUGUAUAUGAUUAUGGAUAUGAUCGAUCAAGUUUA